AUGCUUCCUCCAGUGGACAACACGGUCCUCCAAAAUAAUCCUGAGUUUGCGAUUCUUUAUUCCAAACUCACCAAUUCGGUCCUCAAUCCCGAUGCAUCAACGAAAAAUGGCCCUGCGACCAAGGAACGCAGAGCGGUGACGGAAGAGUUGAACGAAUACCGGCUCCACGUUGCCAAACAACACUUACUUACAGAUGCUAUCACCAAUGCGAGUCCGCAGUCGCUACAAGUCACACACGCCCCGGCGCCAUCGUUGACAAGGCGGCCACGGCCGCAGCAGCAAACGACAACGUCGACACCUGCAGAACUCCCACCAGCGCUCCUCGAUCUCCUUCUCCUCCUACCGCCCCUGCUCAAUGCACAAUCCGACCUAACGUCCGAGUCAUCAGCUCUCCUGCUCUCCAACCCACCCCUUUCCGAUUUCCCAACCCACCUACCACAGCUCGCCCGCCUCGUCUCCACCACCCUCCACACCUCCGCCGUGCACCUCGCGCGCACCGCCAACCCAACCACCAACCCCUCAUACGUACACCGCUCCAUCCCCGCCCUCCCCACCCACGCGGCCUCGCUUGCAAGCAGCAUCACGGAGCGCAAAGCCGAGCUCACGCGCGCGCGCCUGGCCGCCGCCGCAGAACUAACCACCCUGCUGCAGGAGCAAACCGCCGUGCUGACGCAGCUUCUCCGGGCGCUCGAGGCCAAGCACGGCCCGAUCGCGCGGUCGCUCGAGUUCCGGGCGACGGAGGCGGCGCUGACGGCGCAGCGGCAGGAGGCCGAGGCCGAGACGGCGCUGUGGGCCGCCCGCCGCGACACGUACACGCCCGAGGCGGCGCGCGCGCUGGCGAGCUACGCCGGCCACCUGCGCGACGCCAGGGGCCGGCUGGCCGAGGCGGUGCAUACGCUGAGGGGGGAGCUGGAGGCGUAUGGGGUGGUGGUGGUGGAGGUGGGGGGGGGAGGGGCAGGAGGGCGAUGGGACCGCGACGACGACGGCCACGGCAAGGGCCAUGGGUGGGACCCGAGGUGGUGGCAAGGAAAAGGUCAUGAGGGAAAUGGCGCGGGUGUAUCGUGA